UUGCGAUCCCCUACCUUCGUGCUGGAUCACCCGCGUGAGCUCUCGCCGCUCGCGAAGGCGAAGCGGGGUGAUGCCCGCCUGGCGGAGCGUUUCGAGCUGUUCGUGCUGGGCACCGAAGUGGCCAACGCGUUCUCCGAACUCAACGACCCGGUUGACCAGCGGGCGCGCUUCGAGGACCAGGCGAGGCUUGCGGCCGGAGGCGACGAGGAGGCUCACAGAGUGGACGAAGACUACAUCCGGGCCCUCGAGUACGGGAUGCCGCCCACGGGCGGCGUCGGCAUGGGCAUCGACCGUCUGACGAUGCUGCUUACCGAUCAACGGCCAUCCGCGAUGUGA